UGAUCUUGGGCUCACGCCUGGACCAGCCCCUGGUGUGGACUGAGGGGGCAGCCAUGGAGCUGGGCAGCUGCUUCAAGACCUACGAGGACUUCAAGGAAUGCUUUAGCGCCUACAAAAAGGAGAACAGGUGCUCCUUCAUUCUCAAAGACUGCGUCUCCGUCCGCUUCCACAACCUCAACCAUGGCACCUCCAUCCGUGAGGACAUCCUAUAUGUGCAGGUGAAAUUUGUCUGUAUUCGGACCCAGUCAAACAGGAAGAGAACAGCAGAGGCAGACACAUGCCCAGCAUACUUGUCCCUGCGGUAUGAUGAGAAACUGGAUAGACUAUUUAUCAGUGAACUAAACACCAAGCAUAUUCAUAGUGACUCCAAAACUGCGAGUCCUGGAGGAGACACUGCUGGCAAAUCUCAAAAGAGAAUGCGUCUGCAGAAACCCCAGCCUGUGUGGCCCCCAGUCAACAAAGACCUUCACACUGAGAAAUCCCCAAUUGAACCAUCGUUUUGCUUAGAUAAGGUUCAGGUGCCCCCAAAGCCUGAGCAGGAGGUCAUCACUCCUUCUGACCUGGCCAAUAUAGCAAAAGUGAUGAAGAACUUUCUCAGGUUAGAUGUAGGCUCCAUGGCCUCCCUCAGUGUGGGCAACAGCCAAGUCCUGGACCGGCUCAGCUUCCAGAGCAGCAAGAUGAGCGACCUGUUCAUCCGCUUCCCAGAGAAUCUCCUGCUGCACCGGGUGGAAAAUGCCCAGGGCCACAUCCUCUAUGCUUUCCUGGUGGAGAACAAGGAACGAGAGGGGCGAGUGGUACACUUUGCUGUCCUCAAGGCUGAGACAGCCACCUCUGUGGCCAAGAUGCUGAACAUCUUCACAGAGUUUAACUCCGACUGGCCCAAGGUCAAGGUGGUCUUUGUGGACCCAUCCUUCCCUCACCGGGCCAUCCUGCAGGAGAUCUUUCCUGCUGCCCGCAUCCUCCUUUCCAUAUACCACACCACCCGGCUCUUGGAGAAAAAGUUGCAUCGUAGUUCAGCAAAUGCAUCCUUUAAAAGGCUCAUGAAGGAAGCCCUGCGGGAGGCUGUGUUUGUCACUUCAGAGGCCAGCCUGCAAAAUCUCUCUCACAUGUCCCAAGCCCUGCUGGAUGAGGAGCUCUUCAGCUUCCUGCAGGCCCACUGGUUCUCCUGUGAACUGCUGUGGUACAUGCACGUCAGGAAGGGCCUGCAUGCAUGUAACACCUACAUGGACAGCCUUGACGUCGUCACCAGCAAAGUGUCAAGCCUCUUCCGGGAACAGCAAUCCCUACUGGACUGCAUCCUGCGCUUUGUGGAUUACAUGGACUUGUUUAACAUCAAAGGCUUGAAGAACUUGCCCACAGCUCCUCUCAAGCUGGCUCCUCCUAAGCUAAAGAGGGCCCGGCCAGCAAGCAGCAUGCUAUCAAGGUCCAAGAAGACUUUGGAAACCUGUGGAGGGAACCUUACUAGACAUUCCUGGCUCCCUGUGGCGGAGAUGAAGCCAGACUCACAGCAGCCACCACAGGUGCCAUCUCCCCAGGGUGGCAUGCUAGCCACUUUGCACCAGAGCGGCUCCGAGCUGGCCUAUAAGCUGUGCCAUAGUGAGUGGGAGGUGGUAGAGAACUCCACCCACCUGGUAGAGGUGGUUGGUUCCUCAGUGAAUGUUCAGCUGCUAGAGGACUCCCACCAGGCUAGCAAAGAUGGCUGUAGCUGCAGCUGUUCCUUUCAACAACGGUACCACCUGCCAUGCAGGCACAUUUUGGCUCUGCUACACACCAGCCAGCAGCCUGUGAGUGAAACCAUGGUCUGCUCCCGGUGGCAGAAGAGGUACCAGCACCUCCUUGGGCCCAGUGGAGAGUUCCGGGACCCUGUUCUGAUCCCAAACACAGGCCAGCAUGAGAAGCAAGGACGGAAUGACAUGAUCAAGGACCUAAGCAGGGAGUUGGCCAACCUGCUAAUGCAGAGUGAAGGACCAGAGCUGGAGGAGCGCUGCUCCACCCUGCGCAAGAUCGUGGACAUCUGGGCUGACCCCUGCCAGCUGCCUGAGCUCAGGCAGCAGCCCGGGGACUUCAAGGAUGUGGGCCACCUCCCUUUCCUCUGGGGAAAGCAGGAGGAAGGAGAGGGUCUCCUUCCUGCUGAAGCCACAGUUCAUGAUUGA